AUGUCAUCUUAUUCGAAGCGUAUCGCGUGCGAUAGGGUGCAGAAUCGCGUGAGCUUUAAGCUGCGGGAGGCUCGUGAGUCAUCCAGGCCGGAUCCAGGUAAUUUAGGCGUGGGCACACCGACUGUGAAACGUCAGGUGGUGGCCGCUCGCGUGGAACCGCUUAAUAUGUAUCUAUCCGGGAGGGAGCCCCACCACUCGUACCUUUACCCGUCUCCACGACAGCUCUUGCUUCGUGAUAUAUUCCAGGUAGCUUCUGCGCCGGAGAGUGUGGGUUCGAUCUCCACUACUGGA